AUGAUCACCUCACGGAACUCUUUCGUGUUGCUGGCGGCACUCGUCCACUUUGUUUUCAUAGGUGUCGAGGCACAGGUUCAAGAACGAAGCCAUGGCGACGGUCGUCGCCACGGCCAGCAUAGCCAGCAUGCAUCUGUUAUUCCCUCUCUGGUUGUAAGAUCAGAUGAGUCCACGCCAGCAGUUCCCUUGUCACUGGUACCGUCAUCAGUAUCAUCGUCAUUGGAAAAGGUUUCCGUACAGGAAGGAUACAGCACGGUCUCUCUGGAUACGGCUACCAAACACACAAGCAACACCAAUGCGGUGACGCAAGAAAUUGCCGUUGGGAGUGACACGCCCAAUAUUGUCGACAGUGCUACCGGUAAACCAACAACUAUACUUUCUCCGCAAGACUUUCCACCCAUGGACAAAAGCCCGGUGGACGAGCCAGAAGAAACAGCGCCGACCAUCUUGGAAGCACAUCCAUCACUUCUUGACAGCACCGCAGCUCUUGAAACCAGUGGACACGGCAAGGACCCAUCAUCUGGCACUGGAGUUAAAAAUCAAGGGGCCAUAGACCAGUCCGAAUCUGUCGCGGACCCAAAAUUGCACUCGACCUCAAAUGACGAUUCGGGGACGUUGCGUGUCACUGCUGUAUCGGCCCUAACUAUACCUUCAUCGACUAUUGUGCCGCCUCUGGCACCACCCAGUACCACUGCUCCGCCCGGUGCCGCACCUGCACUCGGCAGCAACAGCAUCGCCACUGCAACCAUCAACUCGAUCUCAUAUGGCGGCCCAAUGUCGUCGCAACUCAGAUAUUUGAACGUUUCAUCAGGACCGACCACCCUGCCUGCCACCUCCCUUUCAACAACACUGCCGCUCGAAAUACUAUUUGGAAACAUAUCCAUACCACCGGAUCGAAAGUGGACAACCCAGAUCCCAGGAAAUGUCACUGUGGUUAGCACAGCCUCUCCUGGACACCCGGUAUGCCAUGCAAGCUUCUGUAAUGGUAUUGUCCUUACAACAAAUACGAGUACUUGCACGCCGAACAACUACAGCGCUGCCAGCUUCGGCAUCAUGUCUGCGGAUGGGUACCUUGUGAAGCACGUCAUCGUAACAACAACGCUCAAAGGCUUGACGACGACACUGAGCUCAACGACGUUUACGAGCACCGUUACGUGCUUCGACGAUACGAGUUGCAACAUGCUCGCAAUAUCACUAGCAUCGGAUUUCAGAGUCGACUCGGUUGGUUUGGCGACGCAAACAAACACACGCACCGUCACUGGCACUACAAUCCUUACGUCGUACGGCAAGGUAUCGCGGACACGGCAUUCCUCGGCCUCGCCCGCGCCGUACGCUUUUGCUGCCGGUGCAUCAGCGGUGCCGCAACUUCCUCUUGGUUCGACCGUUGUGAACGGCACGUUCAACACCUGCUUGCUGCCACCCGGAGCGAUUGCGACCAUUAUCCAUUGCUGGGGCCCGGGUGCUAAGCCUCUGCAAUACACUUGUUCUGAGCAACCCAUAGACGGAGCCCCUCAGGAGGUGACGGACAUCGCGGAAGUUAUAACGGCAUGCACUGUUAUCACCACGAUGAAGGGCCCCACGCUCGUUCGGGCUACGUCAACAUUGCCCAACUACGAUUUUCCCGGUCCCACACAAGACACCCAUUUCCCUCCUAAUCCGAACAAGUCCAAUUUUGUUUCUGCUCCAAGCGGUCCCCAGGCACCGGGCGGCAAUCGAGACACUGGCAUCGGAGCACCAGUGGAAACGGGUGUCCCUGGCCAGACAUGGGUUGGCACCACUACCGUCCCCAUAGCCAUUCUGCCAACGGGUGUUGUGAUUGGGUCUAGCACGAUCACGGAUGACCCGAAUAAUUCGCAGUAUACGACUGUAGUUACCAUCGGGGGCAUUCCGUAUACCAUCACGCCGGACCAGAUUGCAGCAAUGGGCUCAGCAGUCCAGCGGCCGUCAUGGUCAAAUAACUACAUCUCUGGUCACGGCCCCGACCAGUAUGUGUGGGAGAACUUUGGCGACAACAUUGUGUACGCGGCAGCGCCUGCUUCGGGCGUCCUGGGUACAAUGUCAGUGCAAGUUAGCGGAAACAGCAUUGUGGUGGACGGCACGUCAUUUUCUAUUCCAGCACAGCCCAGCGUAGGCGUGGUUCAUGGCGAAACAGUGCACCUUGGCCCUGAUGGAGUCGUUGCCGGCGGGCAGACACUGAGCGUGUCGCCCGUGGUUAUGUCGGCCGGCGCUGGUGGCGGUGGGCACUCUGAAGUUGUUGUGGCCGGUGGCACCGUCUUGACACUCGACGACACCAAUGUUGUGGUUGAGGGCUACACGAUCGCUUACAAUGCUGUUGCUGGCGGGCUUGGAACCUCUUCUGUUCUCACAGUUGCCGGCGAUACCGUCACCAUUGUGCCGGGCCCGAGUAAUGGAGCCGGUAGCCAUGGUGGGCGUGGGGGUGCCUUUAUCGUCAUCCACGGUACCACAUUCACGGCACCCGCUGCCGGUUCGACACAUUAUGAGUUGGUGGGCGGUGCCACAUUUACCGAAGUCAGCCCGUCGGUCAUUGUUCUCGAUGGGCACUCAUACACGAUAGGCCCGGCCACGGUCGGGGCGAGUGGAGGUCUGGCUGCAGCUGUGGCAGCGUCUGGUGCCACCCCGACAACGGUGGUCAUCCGCGGCGAGACAUUGACCAUUGGACCGGGCGGCGUCACGGUUGGCGGCACCGUCACAUUCCGGUUUCCAUUUGUGGCCACGCCGACGGUUACACUCACAGGCACUGCGACGAUAACAAAUGACGCCGCAAUGAAGCCAGGCCCCGUGGGUGGUCUGCAGUCCGGUGCCACACCGACGCCGACCAGCGCGGCAGGCGGGAACUCGGCAGGCUUUGCAUCGGCCGAUAGCAACAAUGGGGGCCCGGGCGCCGGGUCAAAGAACGCCUCGUCACGGACAAUGGUGUCCGUUGCAGCAGUUGGUCUUUCUUUGGUCGUAUCAUUUGCGGCUGCGCUGUCGUCGUUGAUCUAUCUUUUUUGA